AUGGACUUUUCUGAAGCGCACUUCAAACCUAGAUGGGAUCACUAUGUGAGCCUCCUGGAGAACUUUGAAAAGGAAUGUCCUAGCUACCUAGAGAUGAUUUGGGAUGAAUUGAAGGAAGGGGUUUGGAAUGGUAACAUUCCUGGUGUGGCUGAAGACGCUCCUACCAUCACUUUCAAUUUCUCUGCUCUGGAGACUGCUGGACAUGCAGCAAAGGCUAGGAAAUCUGGCACUGAGUAG